AUGGCUUCAAACACGGCGGAUUUGAACCCGACGGCCCCGAAUGUGGGGCUACAUGUCGACCCCGAUCAUAAUCUCUGGCUUGCUGAUGCGGCUCCAAGUCUGGAAGACAUCAAGUCUGGCUCCAGCCUUCAGCCUGGGGAAGUUACAGUUGCCAUCAAGACCACCGGCAUCUGUGGAUCAGACGUCCAUUUCUGGAAACACGGCGGUAUAGGCCCUUGGCAGGUGACGGCUCCUCACAUCCUAGGACAUGAGUCGGCCGGCGUCGUUAUCGCCACCCACCCAACCGUCACCAGUCUCGCCGUCGGCGACCGUGUUGCCGUCGAGCCUCACAUCAUCUGCGGGGCCUGCGAGCCCUGCCUUACCGGCCGCUACAACGGCUGCAAGAACCUGUUGUUCCGGUCGAGUCCCCCUUCACACGGCCUGCUGCGCAGAUAUGUAAAUCAUCCCGCCAUGUGGUGCCACAAGAUUGGGACUCUGUCUUUUGACGAGGGUGCUCUGCUCGAGCCCCUGAGCGUCGCCCUUACCGGCGUCACCAGGUCAGGUGUCAAGAUUGGGGACCCCGUCCUGAUCUGCGGAGCUGGCCCCAUUGGCCUUAUCACCCUUGAUGUUUGCCGUGCGGCGGGAGCGUAUCCGAUCGCCAUCACGGAUAUCGAUCCGUCGCGUUUAGAGUUUGCCAAAACGAUCAUGCCUGAUAUUCUAACUCAUCACGUUACGAGAGGCGAAACGCCCGAGGGGUUCGCGGACAAGAUCGCGAUGCUGAUGGGAGAUGGUAUCGAAGUGGCUGUUGCAUUGGAGUGUACCGGUGUCGAGAGCUCAGUAUGCAGCGCUAUCCAGGCAGUAAAGUUCGGCGGCAAGGUAUUUGUGAUCGGAGUAGGAAAGGAGAAGAUGGAGAUCCCUUUUAUGCGCUGUAGUGCGCAAGAAGUCGAGUUGCAAUUUCAGCAACGCUAUGUCAACAUGUGGCCGAGGGCAAUUCGGGUUCUAUCUAGUGGCAUGGUGAACCUGAAGCGCCUGGUAACGCACGAGUACACGCUAGAGAAUGGUGUGGAGGCAUUCAAGACGGCUUCAGAUCCCAAGAGCGGGUCAAUCAAAGUACUCAUUCGGUCUUGA